AUGUCUUGUACAUACAGUGCCAUCUAUCGUUAGGUGUGAAGUAUCAUUAGAAGGUUAUUCAAGUUGCGCGCGUUCUCUCCAUUUGACAAGUGUUUCGUGUGUAAUCCGGUUUCUAAAGUGUAAAAGUUUUUCAAGAAAAUGGGUGUUACAGUUUUGCAACAAUAUCCGAUGAUAGAAAAUAGAACUGGACCACAAACCAUCGAGUUCCUGACAAAACGAGUCGUUGCCCUUGGUGCUAUGCAAACUGGUCAAUUUUUGGUGGAUUGUGAGACCUACGUUUCGGUACCGCAAUUGGGUGUCCAACGGACUCUUCACGUUCUCCACAACUCGGAGCAGCCGGCAUCCGCGUUCGCGAUCCUGGAGUCGGGCAACAAGGUGGUCCCAUUGAUAGCCGAUGGCCUGUUCGAUCUGUUGAUGUACAAAAUCUCGAGCGUGUACACGAACAAGAUGCAGAAGAUGGAGUCGAAGGGGCCCAGGUUCGAGAUUGGCGAUUUCUGCGUGAAACUCGGAAGCGUGACGAUUAAUCAGAACUUCAAAGGCGUCCUGGUCGAGGUGGAAUAUAGGCCUUGCGUCGUGCCCGGAAGUGCAUGGGAAUUGAUCCGUGAAUUUUUGCAAGGUUUCCUCGGUUCCACCGUGUCCAAUCAAGCACCGCAAUAUUUGCAGAACCGAAUGAACGACAUUUAUCAACCGUUGGACACGAUACAACAAUACUUGGAACACUUUGGCCAGUACAGGAAAGCUACCGGUGUGAAAUCUAAUACAACUAUACAAGAAAUAAAAGAAGAAUUAUUUAAAUUAAAAAAAGCACCACAUAUUCAUAGACAAAGCUUAAGAUUAGAUGCUAAAGGGAAAGCUUUACCUGAUUCAGAAACUUUAAAAAAUUUAUCAAUUUCUAAUGGAGGAAAAUUAUAUUUCAAAGAUCUUGGACCUCAAAUUAGUUGGAAAACUGUAUUUUUAGUGGAAUAUGCUGGUCCAUUAAUUCUAUAUCUAUGGAUAUAUCAACGUCCAUGGAUUUUUUAUGGUGACAUAACUAAAUCUAAAGUAGAUGACAAAGUUCAUGUGGCAGCUAUUUGUUGGAGCAUACACUAUGCAAAAAGACUUCUAGAAACAUUGUUUGUCCAUAGGUUUAGUCAUGCAACAAUGCCAUUGCGUAAUCUUUUUAAAAAUUGUUCAUACUAUUGGAUUUUUGCUAUGUAUGUAGCAUAUCAUGUAAAUCAUCCUUGGUAUACAGCUCCAAAGCAAUUUCAGUUUCUUGUUGGAUUAGUUACAUUUGUACUUUGUGAAUUGGGAAACCUAAGUAUCCAUUUAGCUUUAAGAGACUUAAGACCAGCAGGAAGUACUGUAAGAAAAAUACCAGUACCCACUAACAAUCUUUUUACUUUAUUAUUUAAUUUUGUAUCAUGUCCAAAUUACACUUAUGAAAUUGGUAGUUGGAUUGGUUUUACCAUCAUGACUUCAUGUCUUCCAGCUGGAUUCUUUGCUAUUGCUGGUGCAUAUCAAAUGACUGUUUGGGCAAUAGGAAAACAUAAAGCAUAUAAAAGAGAAUUUCCUCAAUAUCCAAAAACUAGAAAAGCUAUCAUUCCAUUUGCCCUUUAAGUAAUCUAUUUCUAAUAUAAUAUUUUUAAAUAAGAAUACUGUGUUGGUAAUUAUUAUUAAGACAUUUAUAUUUCUUUGUUCUAUUUUAUUAUUGAUAUUUUUACUGUUUAAAUAAAUAAUUUAUGGUAGAAUAUCAUAUGAUAUACUAUA